AUGCAAAAAGAAUCCAAGGUCAGAAUUGGUGCAUUUAAUAUUAAACAAUUUGAAGUUCAUUUGGAUAAAAAAAUGAUCGAAAAACUUGUUACCUUAUUAUUAAAAUCCUACUCUGUUCCAUAUUCUUGUUUGUUGAGUCAAUCUACUGUACCUUAUGUUGCUCGAUUUCAAUAUUUAAAAAAUCCUCAUAUUAGAAUUACUCUCAUUGGAUGCCAUACACAUCCAGAUAGUGCAUACGAAGAAAUAAAAGCAUUAGUGAAUGAAGUAUAUGUAGAUAUUAAAGCGAGAUUAGAGAAAAGUGAUAGUUUUUCUGUUUUAUUAUAUUGUUUUGAAAGUUCAUAUUUCGGUUCAAAUGACGAUGAACCGAUAAUUAUAAUGGGUGAUUUCAAUGCUUCGGGUUCUUACCUUAAAAAAGAAGAGCAAAAUAAACUUGACAAUAUAUUACAUAAAAAUGGUCUGGUGUGGAGAAUUGGUCAUUCGAGUGAUACCACUAUCACUUCUAAAUGCAAUACUUAUGAUCGAUUUGUAUUUGAAGUUAAAAAUAAGAGAAGAUGA